CCAAAAAAUAAAAAUAAAUUAUAAGGCAGAAGCCAUUAUAUCUUAUAAUAAGCAUGGAUUCUUCGCCUUCAGCUCUUUCUGCUUCUUCUCCUUUGGAACUGACGUCGCCAUUGCCUCCAUACAAUGAAGACGGAACCCAUCCUUGUUUGCCGAUAGGGUUUCGAUUUUGCCCGACCGGCGAUGUCGUCAUCAGGCAUUUUGUACGCAACAAAGUUUUGGGAGCGCCGUUACCAAUUAACCCUAUCAAAGAGAUUGAUGUCUACCUCUUUGAACCUGAGGAACUCCCCAUUACUAUGUCUAAUGGGGAUGAGAUUUGGAUGUAUUUCUUUGUGUACAUGGCUGAGGAGAACUCAGACCGUUCCACCCCGAAAGGCUAUUGGAAGUUAGAUGUGAGCGAUGAGCCCAUCAAGGAUUCUGAUACCAAAGAAAUCAUCGGGUUAAAGAACACAUUUAUCUACUAUAGGAAAGAGCUUGGACCAAAUGGGCGAUACAAGACCAAUUGGACCAUGCAAGAAUUUCAAGCAACCAAUAUAGAGAACCUUAAAGAUCCCAAGAUGAAAAAUUGGGUUAUAUGCAAAAUAGAAACAGUGAUUCCUCAGGAAUAUGAGGUGAAAGUUUCGAAGAAGGGUAAAAUGAGCAAUCGUGUACAUAAGCAAUAAGAAGUAUUUCCCCCUUAUUGAGAAGGGGAAUCAUCAUAUUUCCUUUCCUUGAGAUGGUCGAUAUUUUAUCAUGGUCUUUCAGUUGAUCAUAAAAUUUUGUAGUAGUUGAAGGAAAUUCAAAGCCAGUUAUCUUUUGUUUAUUUUCUAUUUUCUUUUAGCAUUUGUAGUUUGGUGUUGAUCGGGCUAUUUGCCCCUAGCAAUUUAGUUCUAUGGGAUAUUACCUGUAAUUGUCUGUUACCCUUUUCUUAAUCAAUGAU